AUCUUCCAUGUUGAGGGUGGACUUUGUCAAGAUAAAGUAUCUCUGCUUAUCGCUUUCUUUUGCGUUUUCUGACUCUCUUGCAAAUAUUUUUUCUAUCAGUAGAGAACCAACAGUCUUCUAUCCGUCGCCGCUGCCGCGCGCUAAUUUCUGCUCUUCUGUUCUUCAACUCCGGGUUCUGGGUUAUUUUGUGGGUUAAGCCAAACAAUUGAUCCAGUUAUUGUUUUGGGAUUCUUGAAAAGAGCAUCACUUUCUGCUGCUGGAGAUGGGUACUUAUUAUUGUCGAAGCAUCUGCACGUUUGGAGUACAUAAAUUGAGUAAGGAAGUCUGAGAUUCAAUGAGCAAAAAGAUUAUGUGACGGGAUUUUGGUUAUUGGUCAUCGCCUACAAAGCUUUUGAAGUAUAUUUUUCGGUCUCCUUGAUGCUCUCCUGCACAGCUCUGCACAAUAGAUCGUUUAAGAACCCAAAUUCUGCCUGAAUCGGAAAUCUUUUAGGGGAUUUUUCGUUGGAGUAAGAGCUUGGCCUUGGCCAUUUUAUAGACUUGGUCUUACUCGUGGCUCGAACAAUAUUGUGAGUGUUGGAUAGCAAUCGAGGCUUUCUUCAAUCGCUUCCCUGGUAAGCAGAGUAGAGAUCUUCACAUUGCUGCUCUGCUUUGGACAACACCGGAUCAAAAUUACUUCCCAUUUGAAUGGGGAAUGAAGUUACUGAAGCAGUGGACUUAUUGCCACAUCCUUGUAAAUUUAAGGUGCAUUGUUUAAUGUGCACUGAGCUUAUGAAGUUCGUGGAUAGAAUCACAAAUAUACUUCCUGAUAUAGAAGCAGCUCGACCUAGAUGCUCAUCAGGAUUACAGGCACUAUGCUCGCUGAGUACUGCAAUAGAUAAAUCCAAUCUAAUUCUCCAGUACUGCAGCGAUUCUAGUAAACUCUAUCUGGCAAUAUCUGGAGAUGUGAUACUCUCAAGAUGUCAAAGGUCAAGGGACUUAUUGGAAAAAAGUUUGAAAGAAAUUCGAACCAUGGUACCAGUAUCGUUGGCUGCUAAGAUCUCUCAAAUUAUUGAUGAUCUUCGAGAUGCAAUGUUUAUCCAGGAUUCUUCUGAGGAAGAGGCUGGUAAGCUUAUGCGUGAAUUGCUUCGGCACGGUAAUUCUAAAUUGGAUUCAGGGGACAAUUCUGAACCCAAAGCUCUGCAAUUUGCUGCUUCAAAGCUAUGUAUUACAUCAUCGAAGGCCAUCUUAAUAGAGAAAAGAUCGAUUAGGAAGCUGUUAGAUAAAAUUGGUGAUGAUGACCCUAUAAAGAAGAAAAUAUUAAAAUACUUGCUGUAUCUAUUGAAGAAGUAUGGAAACUUGAUGAUGGAGGAGCAAACAGAGGGUGAAGGUGCUCGAUCAUUUGUGCAUCCGAACAAUAGGGGCCGUUCUCAUAGUUGUAGAUCUACUGCAGUAGAAUCUUCCCGGGGUUGUGGCCAUUUUGAGGCUCAAGUUGACUUGUUAAAUAGAGCUGUACCCCCCGAGGAAUUUAAGUGCCCCAUAUCUUUGAGAUUGAUGUAUGAUCCUGUUGUCGUAGCUUCUGGGCAAACAUUUGAAAGGGUAUGGAUCCAGAAGUGGUUUGAUGAGGGUAAUAAUACGUGUCCAGUAACAAAAAUGAAUCUGGUUCAUCAGUCUUUAACUCCGAAUGUUGUUAUGAAGGACCUAAUAUUAAAGUGGUGCAUCACACAUGGAAUCACCAUUCCUGAUCCAAGUACGUAUCUAAAUGUGAUUCACUCAGACCAAUCCUCCACUUCCAUUGCUAGCUUCGGCAAUUCCAUGAAUGAUUUACGCCUUCCAUUGGAUAUCAGCAAUGUGUCUCUUGGAUCUUUAGAUACUAGUUACUCUCCGCACUCGUUACAUGCUAAGGUUGCGGAUGCCUCGAAUACAACAUUGGCAAUGGGAAAUGUUGAGUCUCAUAGACGUCAUUCUUUAGAUGAGACAGGGUUUUUAUUGACACUUUCAGAGCUUAACUGGGAAUCGCAAAACAAGAUGGUUGAAAAUAUCAAAAGCUAUUUGCAACACAGUGAUCAAACUUGUUAUUCUCUGUCAUCUGAGAAUUUUGUUGAACCUCUCAUUAAAUUUUUGAGGGAAGCUCAUAGCUUACAUGAUUUAGAAGCGCAAAGGACUGGAUAUCAGUUGUUAUUGGCAUUUGUCAGCAAAAACAGGGGUGGGAUAUCAUACUUAAAUGGAGAUGCAUAUAGCCUCUUCGCAUCUUUUCUUGAUUCAGAAGUAACUGAAGAGGUGCUUGCUGUAUUGGAUGUGUUGUCUGGCCAUCCACAUUUAAGAUCUAAAAUUGCAGAAUCUGGUGCUCUUGUUCCCAUCAUAAAGAUCCUUGAACCCCAGACCAGAAAAUUCGAGGAACAAGCCAUUAGAGUUCUGCAGAAUUUGUCCUCAAACAAGGAUAUCUGUUGCCACAUUGUAUCUUUAGGAUGCAUUCCAAUUUUAGUUCCUCUCUUAAAAGAAAGCUCUCUUGCAAACCAUUGUUUAUCUCUUUUGAAAGUUUUCUGUGACAUUGAGGAGGCUAGGGUUUCUAUUGCUGAAUCUGAUGAAUGCGUUGCUUCUAUUGCUGAAAUACUUGAGAUUGGAAGUCAUGACGACCAAGAGCAUGCAGUGGCUGUUCUUCUUUCUCUGUGCUCACAGAAGGUUCAAUAUUGUCACACGGUCAUGGAUAAAGGUAUUAUCCCUUCACUGGUUCAUAUAUCUAUGAAUGGAACUGAGAAGGCAAAGGCUAGUGCAUGUGAACUGCUACGGCAAUUAAGAGAUAUCAAAUAUGAUGCUGAGGAAGACUGCAAUGGACCGACCUUUGAUGCCUCUCGAGAUGUCAGUGACAAUUCCACAGAAAAGAAAUCAUCUUCCAAGGCUUCAGGGUUUUUUGGGAUAAAAUUUUCCAUGUUCUCAAAGUCCAUUUCUCGUGCAUCCCGAAAGAAGAAAUGAAGGCUUAGAUCUUUCUCAAUUGACAACCACUUGUUGACCUAGAGUUCAUUAUACUGGUGUGUACAUUAAAUCUGCCAGGUAAGAAUCUUUUUUGUGUCUGAAGGGCUUCUCUUACUUGUCUAGAACAGGGCGGUGAGAUAAUCAUCAACAUAGUUAGUGGUUUCUUUUCUCACAAUACUACUACUUUCUACAGGAAUUCUCUUAUAAGUACUCAAAGUAAGGACACUUAAAAUAAGUACAGCUUUUUGACCAUUGAUUUACGUGAAAUGACUAGUGGGACCCACUGUUUUGAGUCCUACAUGUUUUAAAUCAAUGGUGAAAACACGUGUACUUAUUUUAAGUCCUUACUUUGAAAACACCUGUAGUUUGUUGUUAUGUAUUAUUCUUUAUUUGCUGAUGUUUUCGGCUAUAUAGAUUGUAAAAUGUAUAGUUUGGUUAUGUGUAAAUAUAUGCUGAAUGGUAUUUCAUCGUUUUGAAGUAUACCUGCAGUUUUUC